AUGCCUGGCGACCCGGACUCUAAUGUCUGCGAAGACCACAUGCCACCGAUGGUGCACCCAUCUCUCUCGUUUGUUGCGUCGGUCAUCCGUGAACAGCCAGCUGUUGGUGGUUAUCGCAUGCUGCAUAUGCAGCUGACAGUAUAUAACCAUGGUAGCAAUCCACAGGGUGAUGGCACUCCAAUGAAGGGCGGAGCCGAUGAAUACACCACGGUCACCACCUUCCAGGUGGCGGUUGCCGUCAGCCCAAUGGGCUGUGUGAAGAGUUUCCCAGUCCUUAAUCCAGGGCGUGUCAUUCAGGUGUCCGGCGAUCUGAUUG